AUGGGUCUAGCCAUCUAUAACGCCGUCUUCAACAAGGCCUUAACAAGCAAUAUCAGGCCAAAGGUCGCCCAGGCUGCUCUCUCGAAUGGGCUUCUUAACACCAGCAUCGAAGGGUUCAUUGCUGCCCUUGCAUCAGGUAAUCAAUCUUCCCUGCAGGGAAUCGAAGGAGUCACACCUGGAAUAAUCACAGCAUCCGUUCUAGCACUGAAAGAAGCUUAUGUCAUCGGGUUCCGUAACGUUUUCACCAUUGCUGCAGCAUUUAGUGUGGUAGGACUAGACUUCUCUCUAUUCCUGAAAGAUCCCAAGGAUGAAUUUACGACUGUUAUCGAUGCCCCUAUCUUGGAAGCGCCAGUUAAGCAUGACUGGCUUGGAUAG